AUGCUUUCAUCGACGAUUGUGCCACAGGCGGUCGACCGCGCGUCUGCUGAUAUGGCACAUGCAGAACUAACCAGUUUCCUCGACUCGCGGAACCCCGGCGCUGUGACGAAGCAGCUUGAUAAGGUGCUGUCUUUGGAUGUCCAAUUGGAGUCCCUAGACCUGCAAAAGACGAGUUCAUUAGUGGCGGAUUUUCUUCACAGUAAGGGCAAGCGACUAGCUGCUGAUUUCCUACAAGCACAAGACGCGACACUCGAAAGGUCAUUCCUGGUGCUGUACUGCGCCUGA